GCUGGAGACGUCGAGCGGCACUAGAAAUAGUGGGCAUGGAUAUGCCGGGGUUCGAAGCUAGAGCAGAUCUAUGAAGCAUAAUCGAGCUCGAGGCACCAAUAACCGACAUGUUAUGUCACUUGACCAAGUCAGAAUCAAGCACAGCACAGACAGCCUGCUUUCCACCGAGAAGCUCACCUGGUCAGGAACCACGGUCCGAAGGCGAAGAGCUGCAUAGCGUGCAGUAGGCUACCUAUCCGAGACGGUUCGAGGACCAGGUUUUGCAGUGCAGACAGACUAGGUCGCCAUCUGGUAAAUCUACACUGCAUAACUGGGUGGUGGCAGCCUCGUUGGUUCAUCGCUCAGACAUUUCCCAUCUGCGAGCUCACGAAAAAUGAAGACGACGUUCAUUGUUUCCUUGGUGUUUUUAGUCUUGCAAUCGACUGCCUACAGAAUACCUCCAGCGGAACGUGCCUACACUAGAGCAGUCCGGCCCAACCAUGCCACCACCGCCACCUCCACUAAUGGCUACUGUUUCAUCCCUCCACUGCCAGUGCAGCUAGCCGAGGGCAGUUUGACGGCUGUCCUCGCUGCGCUCGAGGGAAACAUCUCAAGUGUAUGGGCAUCUUCUAAUCCCGCAGGUGUUCCUGGAAGCCUAUCAGUCAACUUGAUCUAUGACCAAGAUGUGAUUUGGAGCAAGGGUUUUGGCGAGAAGAACCAUUCCAAUCCAGCAGCCGGACCGCCGGAUGAGAACACAGCUUAUCGGAUUGGAUCGAUUAGCAAGGUGUUCACCACCAUGCAAGCACUGCGGAUGCGGGACGAAGACGGUCUGGACCUGGACAGCGAGUUAGCACACCUCCUACCCGGCUUUGGUGUUGUGAACCCGUUCCAGACCGGGCGCGGUAUUACACUGCGGCAGCUGGCCAGCCACAUGGCCGGCCUGUCCAGGGAAGCACCGUGUGCAGACAUGUACAAUAGUGACUGUGCAACACCAGAGUCUAUGAUACUUGAGCGACUCCGUAGCUUGCCGCUAGUCAGGCCGCCUGGUUUAAAGCCCUCCUACUCGAACCUAGGGUUUGCCUUGCUGGGUGUCGCCGAAGCUCACAUCACAAACCGCUCCUGGGUGGACCUGGUUGACACCAUGUCUUUGGACCUGGGGCUUAAGAACACGCACGCAUCCAUACCAGCACGGCCAGCUGAUAACAUAGCUGAGGGCUACAUGGCAGAUGGAAGCCUUGCCAGGUGGGUCGACAUUGGGUUUGAAGCACCUGCUGGUCAAAUGUUCAGCUCCACGCAUGACUUAGCGCAGCUGAUCAAAAUGGUUUUUCGCACAUCUGCCACAAGAAAUCCUGCAGCAGGCCAGAUUUUGGAUGGUGAGACAUUGCGCGAAUGGAUGCACCCUGUCUACAUGACAUCUGACCUGAAUGGCUUCGGAUUGGCAUGGGAGCUGUUCCAAGGAGGCCCGUACAAUUUCCGCUCGAAAGACGGCGCAAUAAAUGGCUAUCGAUCCAUCAUGCUGUUCGUGCCAGAGAUCAGAGUCGGCGCCGUUGCCCUACUCGGCAAUGAGAAUUCACCACUGCUAAAUACCGCUGCUCAAUAUCUCAUUGAAGCUGUAUUGGGCAUCAGCGCUGUGAUGGAACAACAUCAGCCAGCACCCAGGCUUCCACCUUCACCAACAGAUUAUGUGGGCGUGUAUGUCCACAAGAGUGACGUUUCAGACCUGCAGGGGGUGGCCAAUGUCAGCCUUGUCACUGGAGAACAUGGAGAACAAGUGCUGCUACUGACCGGGAUUGGAGAAGGUGGUGUGCUGGUGUGGCAAGCCGACGACACCUUCCAGCUAACAGAUCGCUACACACCGCACUAUUGUGCUGCAGAGAGCAGUGGCUCGGAUGAUUUCUAUGUCGUGUUUACCAGGGAUGCUGGUAAAAAGGUCAUCUCGGCAACUGCUCCGGGCUUUCUGUACGAGUACGUUUUGAACAAGGUCGUGUAGGCUAUAACGUUAUACAUGCUGUGGCGAAUUUGGCGAUACAUGAUAGCUCACGGUCUAUGCUCUACCUGGUCAAAGUGAUACUUCAAGAAUAUUGUGCCAUGCACCCAUGGCUGGCACCUUAGUGCAGAAUUUAGUAUAAUAUGUGUAUGUUAUUUUAAUACCUUGAUAACCAGAGCAUAGCUUUAUGUCUCUCUGUAAGGCAGUGACUAGAUUGUUCUAUCAUUGCUUCAGCAUAGGCCAAUUGUGAGUAUUUUUUUAAUUUUGACUUUUUGAGAUAAGCGUAGUUGCUUUCAAGCAUAGCAAUUUCGAGUAUAUUUUCAAUUCUACGGGGCACACCAUGUUGGACUAUGUAA